UUUUUUGGCCGGGAUUUGUGGAGAGGACCGGGACCGGCCGCGGCUGAGGGGACGGCGCGCGGCGUUGCAGCUUCUUAGAGGAGGGGACCUGGCCCCGGAGAGUGCGCAGCCAUGCCGGCGCAGCAGCCCGCGAGCAGCGACGGGUGCCGCGCCCCCGGCGGGGCCGCCCAGCCGGAGCCCGCGGUCAUCACCCCGGCCAUGCUGGAGGAGGAAGAGCAGCUGGAGGCGGCGGGGCUGGCGAGGGAGCGGCAGAUGCUGGAAAAGGCUCACAAGUCCUGGGAUAGAGAGUCCGUGGACAUUCGGUACCGUAGACUUCAACAUUUGCUUGAAAAAAGCAAUAUCUACUCUAAAUUUUUAUUGACUAAAAUGGAACAACAACAAUUAGAGGAACUGAAGAAGAAAGAGAAAUUAGAGAGGAAGAAGGAAUCAUCCAAAGUUACUACGGGUAAAGGUUCCAUUGGUGCAAGUGAAGAGAAUCCAGUUGUGAGAAAGAAAAGAGGAAGAGAAGAUGAAUCAUACAAUAUUUCAGAGGUCAUGUCAAAAGAGGAAAUUUUGUCUGUGGCUAAAAAAAAUAAAAAGGAGAAUGAGGAUGAAAGCUCCUCUUCUAAUCUCUGUGUAGAAGAUCUUCAGAAAAACAAAGACUCAAAUAGUAUAAUUAAAGAUAGAUUGUCGCAAACGGUUAGGCAGAAUACAAAACUCUUCUUUGACCCAGUUCGGAAAUACAAUGGACAGCCAGUACCCUUUCAGCAACCAAAACAUUUUACAGGCGGUGUGAUGCGUUGGUACCAAGUAGAAGGCAUGGAAUGGCUCAGGAUGCUUUGGGAAAAUGGAAUUAAUGGCAUUUUAGCAGAUGAAAUGGGAUUGGGAAAGACAGUUCAGUGCAUUGCUACAGUCGCCUUGAUGAUUGAGAGAGGAGUACCUGGACCUUUUCUUGUCUGUGGCCCAUUAUCUACACUUCCUAACUGGAUAGCUGAAUUCCAAAGAUUUACACCAGAAAUUCCUACUAUGUUAUAUCAUGGGACCCAGCAGGAACGUCGAAAAUUGGUAAGGAAGAUUCACCAACGGAAAGGAACACUGCAGAUUCAUCCUGUGGUGAUCACUUCAUUUGAAAUAGCCAUGAGAGACCGCAAUGCAUUACAGCAUUGCUAUUGGAAAUAUUUAAUAGUAGAUGAAGGACACAGGAUCAAGAACAUGAAGUGCCGUCUAAUCAGGGAGUUAAAACGAUUCAAUGCGGAUAACAAACUUCUUUUGACUGGGACUCCCUUGCAGAACAAUUUAUCAGAACUUUGGUCACUGCUUAACUUUUUGUUACCAGAUGUAUUUGAUGAUUUGAAAAGCUUUGAAUCUUGGUUUGAUAUCACUAGUCUUUCUGAAACUGCUGAAGAUAUUAUUGCUAAAGAAAGAGAACAGAAUGUAUUGCAUAUGCUGCACCAGAUUCUAACACCUUUCUUACUGAGAAGACUAAAAUCUGAUGUUGCUCUUGAAGUUCCUCCUAAACGAGAAGUAGUCGUUUAUGCACCACUUUCAAAGAAACAAGAGACCUUUUAUACAGCCAUUGUGAACCGUACAAUUACAAACAUGUUUGGAUCCAGUGAGAAAGAAACAGUUCAGUUAAGUUCCACUGGACGACCAAAACGGCGAAGUAGGAAAUUAAUAAAUUACAGCGAACUAGAUGAUUCCCCUAAUGAAUUGGACAACUUGAUCAGUCAGAUACAGCCAGAGCUAGACCAAGAAAGACCUGUUGUGGAAAUGAAUAUUCCUGUAGAAUCUGAAGUUGAUCUGAAGCUGCAGAAUAUAAUGAUGCUACUUCGUAAAUGCUGUAACCAUCCAUAUUUGAUUGAGUACCCUAUAGACCCAGUCACACAGGAGUUUAAGGUUGAUGAAGAAUUGAUAACAAACUCUGGAAAAUUCUUAAUUUUGGAUCGAAUGCUGCCUGAACUAAAAACCAGAGGUCACAAGGUGCUGCUUUUUUCACAAAUGACAAGAAUGUUGGACAUUUUGAUCGAUUACUGCCACUUCAGAAAUUUCAACUUUAGCAGACUUGAUGGAUCCAUGACUUAUUCAGAGAGGGAGAGAAAUAUGCACAACUUUAACACAGAUCCAGAGGUGUUUAUCUUCUUAGUGAGUACACGAGCUGGUGGCCUGGGCAUUAAUUUGACUGCAGCAGAUACAGUUAUCAUUUAUGAUAGUGAUUGGAACCCCCAGUCUGAUCUUCAGGCCCAGGAUAGAUGUCAUAGAAUUGGUCAGACAAAGCCAGUUGUUGUAUAUCGUCUUGUUACAGCAAACACUGUUGAUCAGAAAAUUGUGGAAAGAGCAGCUGCUAAAAGAAAAUUGGAGAAGUUGAUCAUCCACAAAAAGAGAGAAAUAUCAAUGAUGAGAGAAUCAUUGAUUCCCGCUACCCCUUACAGAGGAUCGAGCCAGCAACCCGGGCAUGUGCCCUGACCUCCUGGUUCGUGGAUCACAUCAGCCGAGCAUUGAUACUUAAUUCUUGAUAAGAGCUUUGUUUGUCAAAAGGAUUAAGAAAACUUGCUGGCCUUUUCUUGCAAGUUUAAUAUAUUAAAUUCUAGGAUGUUAAAAGUAUAUUGAAGUAGUGCUAUAAAGAAAUCAAUUUACUUUGUUGAACUACUAGUUCAAAAAAUAUUUGACUCCACCAUGCCUUUUUCAUACUUUUGAUUAUAGUAUUUUUAAAAAGUGUUUUUUAAUCUAGAAAAGAUUUUGAGGAGUAGGGAAAAUGAAGUUAGUGAGACAUUGGCAUUCUUUGUUCUGUUCCUUGAGAUUCCUUGGAGAAAUUCUUUCAUUCAAUAUAAAAUUAUCUUUGAAUAAAUGACUUGAUGGCUACCUUAAGAAAAGUAGAAAAUUACCUGUUAGUUGUGAAGCCUAAAGAAAUGUUGAAAAUUACUGUCAGUUUAUAUUAUGCUACUUUCCUACUUGCAAAUACAGUUAAGUCCUCACUUAAGAUUUUGUACAAAUUAAAUUUUUGCCUGUGCUGCUUUAGGAAUUUGAUGGGAAUUUAGUAAAGUUUAUAGUUUUAUUUCCCUAAGUUCUGUUUUCAGUACAUUGAAAGAUUAAAAUUUAAAUGAUUUGAAAUUAGUUUAAUAAGUAUUGACAGUGUUUUAUUGAGGUAUAAUAUACAUACAGAGUUUGAAUAUACAGUAAUGAAUUUUGACUUUUAUAUACUCAUGUAGCAAUCCUAUAGUCCAGUGGCCGGCAAACUGUGGCUUGCGAGCCACAUGUGGCUCUUUGGUCCCUUGAGUGUGGCCACGAAAUUUUAAUUGCAUUGUACAUGUGCGCCCACACGUGGUAUUUUGUGGAAGAGCCACACUCAGGGGGCCGCAGUUUGCCGGCCAGUGCUCUAGUCUAGGUCAAAGUCACUGACAUUUCCAUGUUCAAGUAGGUUUCCUACUGCAUCCUUUGUCUAUGUAUGUUCUUUAUCUACCUACUUUUGCUCAACAUAAUAUUUUGAAAAUCAUCUGUGUUGUGUGUGUAUUAGAAGUCUGGUAUUUGUUUAAAUGAUUUCUGAAUAGUUCAUUUAUCCAUUUUUCAGUUGAUUGGUGUUUGAGUUAUUUCCAGAUGUAGAUUCUUAUUCAUAAAAAUCAGAUGUUUGGCCCUGCUGGUUUGGCUCGGGGAGAGCGUUGGCCUGUGGACUGAAGGGUCCCAGGUUUGAUUGUGGUCAUGGGCAGGGCCUGGGUUGUG